AAAAGAAGCCGACUCAUGUGACGCGCUCCGCACAGCUUGGUGGAGAGACUGAGGAGACACUAUGGCGCUCAGUGUUGUUUGGUUCAUCACUACUGCUUUUAGUUUAGCUCAUUUAACACCGGUAAUUUUACCUGAAGAGGAAUAUCACUUCAAACAGUGGAUGUCACAGCACAACAAAGUUUAUGACACGGAGGAGUUUUACCACCGGCUCCACAUAUUCACUGAGAAUAAGAGGGAAAUUGAUCAUCAUAAUGCUGGGAAUCACACGUUCACAAUGGGCCUGAAUCAGUUCUCAGACAUGACAUUUGAGGAAUUCAGGAAAUUAUUUCUUUUGACAGAGCCUCAGAACUGCUCAGCUACUGUAGGGGAUCAUGUCAGCAGAGCUGGUCCUUAUCCCAAGUUUGUAGACUGGAGGCUGAAGGGCAACGUUGUGACUCCAGUGAAGAAUCAGGGUCACUGUGGAAGCUGCUGGACCUUCUCUACCACCGGCUGCUUGGAGUCAGUGACUGCUAUCGCUACCGGGAAGCUAAUACCUCUGUCUGAGCAGCAGCUGAUAGACUGUGCCCAGGACUUUAACAAUCAUGGAUGCAUGGGUGGCCUCCCCAGCCAGGCGUUUGAGUACAUCAAAUACAACAAUGGUAUCAUGACAGAAGAAGACUAUCCCUACAAAGGCCAUGAUGACACUUGCCAUUUUGAGCCUGAGCUUGCAGCUGCUUUUGUCCUGGACAUUGUCAACAUAACAAGUUACGAUGAAAAGGCCAUGGUUGAUGCUGUGGCCCGGCUCAAUCCUGUGUCCUUUGGCUUUGAGGUUACGUCCGACUUCAUGCACUACAAAGAAGGUGUUUACACUAGCACCCAGUGUAAGAACACAGCAGACAUGGUGAAUCAUGCAGUCCUGGCUGUGGGUUACGGCACUGAAGAGAACGGCAUGCCAUAUUGGAUUGUGAAGAACUCUUGGGGCACAAGCUGGGGAGUGGAUGGAUAUUUUUUAAUCGAGCGAGGAAAGAACAUGUGCGGGCUGGCUGCGUGUGCCUCCUACCCUCUACCUUUAGUCUGAGGAGUAACAUGGCAACCAGGUGGAGGACUGAUUAAACUCAGGAACAUGUCACCCAGAGACAUGGGGUGAACAUAAUGGGACCUUUGAUUUCUCAAUAACAUGAGCAGUAUCAUCUAAAAACUGUUGAAACAAUUAAAUCUCUGUGUGUCUCACUCUCACCAUUACUGAGUGGUGCAUUUCUUCUUUUGAAGUAACUGUGGGUGUUUGUUCUGUUUCAUAAUGUGGAUGUUGUGGAGCUCGUUUAAUUAUACGAAGUAUGUAUAGAUGAUUGUAUCAUGCAGUACUUGUUUAAGGAAACAGGGAUAGAGGCCUCCUCUCCAAGUGCCAACACUGUUGAUAUACUGAGGUUUGUGACAUGCUUGGUGUUACACUGAGCAAGACAUCCCUGUAGAUCACUGAGAUUACAUUAUGGCAGAUCGUCCAUGGGUCACUGACUUAAUUUUUCAAUUCUUGGCCUCUUUAUGGCUCCAUGAAGACAAAAUCAAGUGUGUAAAAAUAUCUGAACGCCUUCAAAGACAAGAAUAUGCUGCUCAUUUGCUCCGGUUAACAAGCUUUAGAGAUGGUCAUGCACAAAGGGCCCAUUCAGGAGUCAGCCCAGGUGUCAAGCUAAUAAACAGUUGUUUUGCUAAUAAACAAUUUUUCCCUAACA